CCGCGCUGCGCGGUUUGCGUAGCCGCUGGAGAGGCGUGCGGGCUACAUCACCUCGGUGUAUCCCCCCUCUCGUGGCCGUGGGACGUGGGUGAAAAACGGGCUCCCUUCCUCCCGCGGGGCUCCGAGCAGCGGCCGCUGUCUCGCGCACCUGCCGAGCGGCUGCCAGCCGGGGGCCGCUUGGAGGGAAGGGGCUGUCAAAGCGCCUGCAGUCGCGUCCCAGCCCCGAGUCCCGACCCCUCUUGAGAUCUCUCUUUCCCCUGUUCUGCAGGUUCGCUUUCGGCGUCAUGGCUCAGAGGGCCUUUCCGAAUCCUUAUGCCGAUUAUAACAAGUCGCUGGCCGAAAACUAUUUUGAUUCUACUGGGAGGCUGACUCCUGAGUUUUCACAUCGCUUGACCAAUAAGAUCCGGGAGCUCCUUCAGCAAAUGGAGAGAGGCCUAAAGUCUCCAGACCCUCAGGAUGGCACUGGGUACACCGGCUGGGCAGGCAUCGCCAUGCUUUACCUUCAUCUCCACAAUGUGUUUGGGGACCCGGCCUAUCUGCAGAUGGCGCACAGCUAUGUAAAGCACAGCCUCAACUGUUUGAGCAGGCGGUCCAUCACCUUCCUGUGUGGGGACGCGGGCCCCCUGGCUGUGGCUGCUGUGCUGUACCACAAGAUGAACAGCGGGAAGCAGGCAGAGGAUUGCAUCACACGGCUCAUUCACCUAAAUAAGAUUGAUCCUCACGUACCAAAUGAAAUGCUCUACGGCCGCAUAGGCUACAUCUUCGCUCUGCUUUUUGUCAAUAAGAACUUUGGAGAGGAGAAGAUUCCUCAGAGCCACAUUCAGCAGAUUUGUGAAACCAUCUUAACCUCUGGGGAAAAGCUGUCUAGAAAGAGAAACUUCGCCACGAAAUCCCCACUGAUGUACGAGUGGUACCAGGAGUAUUACGUGGGGGCUGCCCACGGCUUGGCAGGCAUUUAUUACUACCUGAUGCAGCCCAGCCUUCGUGUAAGCCAAGGGAAGUUACAUAGUUUGGUGAAACCCAGUGUAGACUUUGUCUGCCAGCUGAAGUUCCCUUCUGGCAACUACCCUUCAUGUUUGGAUGACACCAGAGACCUGCUUGUCCACUGGUGCCAUGGCGCCCCUGGGGUCAUCUAUAUGCUCAUCCAAGCAUACAAGGUGUUCAAAGAGGAGCAUUACCUGUGUGACGCCCAGCAGUGUGCUGACGUGAUCUGGCAGUACGGGCUACUGAAGAAAGGCUAUGGGCUGUGCCACGGAGCUGCAGGGAAUGCCUAUGCUUUCCUGGCACUCUAUAACCUCACACAAGAUGCGAAAUACCUGUACAGGGCCUGUAAGUUUGCUGAGUGGUGCUUAGACUAUGGAGAGCACGGGUGCAGGACACCGGACACCCCCUUCUCUCUCUUUGAAGGGAUGGCUGGAACGAUAUAUUUCUUGGCUGACCUGUUAGUCCCCACAAAGGCCAAGUUCCCUGCAUUUGAACUCUGAGAAGAAAGCAUGUCCCCUGCCGCUCACAGCAUGGUUCUGUGUAUCCCUCUGAGCUCUGUGUGACCAUUGCUUUUGAAGGAAGCAGAAUGAAACUGUAUACUUUGAAGUAGUUGGGUUUUUAUUUCCAUAAUUUGCUUUAGCAGUUCAUCGCCUUCCUUUUAUGAUUUACUUUUAUUUAAUUUAAAAGUGAACAUGAAGCCGCCUUAGCUUCCUUCCAAAGGGAAAGCUGGAUGACAGGUACAGUGUUUCGUAGUCAUUAACAUAGUUUCCAGGCGUUCAGCAAAUGUUCCUCCAACAGCUUAUCAAUGUAAGCAUGCCUUAGUGCUCUCGAAAAUGUUUUCUGAAAACUCUAUAAGCCAUGCCUGGUAGCAUGUUAUCCCAUCUACUGCAGAGAGAGGCAUGAGGAUCACAAGUUCAAGACCAACCUGGGCAACUUAGUCAGACCCUGUUCCAAAAUAGAGAGAUCUGGGACGUAGCUGAGUGGUAGAACACUUUCUACCAUAGAAGAGCCCUGGGCUCUGCCCCAGCUCAGAUGCGCACAGUGCGUACACAGACUCGGUGAGUUAGGCAGAUCACAUGCAGGUGGCUGUUGUUGAAUGCUGCCUUCCGUCUCUUCUGUUGAAUACUCCUCCUCCAGAAAGUAGUUCUGUGGCUGGGUUUUCUCAAGUGUUUGAUCAAAGGGGACAAAAAAUAUAGCCCAUGCUUCUGAAAGAAAAGCUGUAGAAUUUUCUGAAAGAAUUGUAGACUAGACUUUGGGCCUAAAUGUCAUUUUUUAAACUUCUAGUUUCUAUCUGAACUAGAAUUACCACUCAAGAGGAACAGAGGCACUAUCUGCCUGCAACAUUGUCAAAAUUUAAUAUGGUUGUGACACACAUUCUGAUCUGAAACUUAGUUCAACACCAGUUUCUUGGUUUGUAUUAUACUUCAGGAAUGUUUAUUUUAAAAGUGUUUGUCCUUCAGUAUUCAUAUGAGAUCUGAAGUAGAUUUCCUGUGUGAAUUUGCUGAGACAGGAUUCUACCUGACCUUUGGCUGACCUUCAGACGUUCGGCUCAGAUUUGACUUGCUUUUCGCUGAAUGAGUGCUACGUCAUCGCUUCCUGUCAAUUGAUUUGAACAUUGAUCACUAAAUAGUACAGAAUCUAAUUCUGCUUACAAAGAAUGUGGAAAGGGAGCUGCUCUAACCAGUAGCUUCUAAGAAACCACAGCUUUUGACAAGCAGUCUGACUCUUAGCUGGCCUGGGAUGUUACUGCCUUCGUGCUUGUAACAAAUGAGCAUUUGCAUAUCCCAAGAGCAACGUUCUGUCCGACUCUGAGACGGUGCAGAAGGCUCCUUGGUGCUUCCAACUCUAAACAGAUGCCCAUUGGCUCCUUAUCCUCCCUCCUUUCUUCUGUAGGAAGGCGGAAGGCCUAUCCGGACUUUUGUAACUGACUUGGUGACAUUUUCCAGCUUUAAAACAACAGGAUCUAAGAAUAUUUAAUCUGUUAUUUUGUGGCUCUUUUGGUCAUGCUAUUUUAUUGGAGAUCAGAUCCCCAAGGAGUGUAUGCUGGUUGCUAUGAGGAAUAAUCCCUAUUAUUUUCUAUUUGGUACCAAAAUAGUUUAUAUUAUGUGAAAUUUUCUGGCCCUUUAAAGGGUGCCUACAGUAAGAUCCAAAGAGCAGCCCAGCACUCAAUUUCUAGGAUUGAGUUGGUCCUUCUGUGACCCCUGUACAUCAGGGACUUCAUCCUCAGCAGCUGUGUGCAGUCUGCCAUGUAUUGAUGGUGUCGGUAUUUAUAAGUGAGACUCACAGACAGCAAAGUACAGCUGUUUGGCGAGGUGUCCAGCCUUAGAAAAGAAAGUUUACUUGGUUUAGUUAAAUGGCUUGUUAUAUCCUGCCUGCACUUUUCUAUAGAUACUUAUUAAAGAAAAAGAGGAAGUGUUUUGGUCACAGUGCUUCCCCAGGCUUCCUGAUUAAUGGUGCCUUCUGCAUAUUGUCACCCAUGAGCAGACUCAUCGACACCACUCAGCUCUCUUCACUGAAGCUUUUUUGAAACUCAUUACACUGAGUGCGUAUACCACUGUUCACGUACGUUUAAGAGCCAGGAGUUUUCUGAGGAUUUUAAACUCAGGUAGAAUACAAGGCUCACACCAAUGCCUCUCCUUGCAUAGAGACUGCAAGUUCAUUUCCACUCCAGAGUUGUACAGACGUGGUGUUGUUGCUUUUGUUCUUUUACAUUGUUCCCUCGGAGGUUUUUCUUCUUGGUUUCAAAGCCUUCCAGUGGCUGUCUGAAAGCUCAGUGGUGGUGUUCAUCUCCAUCCUGAGUCUGGGGGUAGAUGUCCAGAGCCCGCGGGGCAGUCUGCUAGCCCCUUGUGCUUUUCUGCCCUAAGCUUAAUCGUGUAAAAUAUCAGCAUUGCUUCGGCUGUCUCCACAGAUCCCACCAGGCGCUCAUGUCCUCCCAGCUGUCGGUCUUUCAUCCUUAGAGCCAUCCGGUUCCCACCCAUAUCAAGGCAGAAGCCCGUAUGUAUGUACAGUUAGAUGAAGAGGAUCUACAAGUAUUUUUUUUUCCUUCCCCAUUUCUCUAAGUAACAGAAUUGCAGGUCUCCACUCCUGUGUCCUCAGGUCAAUUUGUAUCUAGAUUAUAGAACCUGACUUUGAAAUAAAUAGUGUAAUUGGGAACUUUUACCUCUAUCCUCCUUCGGCUCCGAGAACUCAGGUGUGGUCCCUGCUCACUUCACCUUAAUUCCUGCUCCUCUUUGGCUUCCCUGACACAGAUCAGAGCAGGGUCUGAGGGCUCCAUACAGCUGGACUGUAGGAAAACUGUUGACAUCUAGUGAAGGGGAGUCAGUGCAGGGGACAUUGAAGAAUCACCCCAAGGUUCAUCGCCACUAACCGGGGAAGAGCUGGUUUCAUAUUUGUAUGUUAUUGUAGGAUUGGACUCCCUGGUCCUCAAUAAAAUGCCUGAGUAUCAGAUACCAUUUGCUUCAGUUUGAACGUGAAAAGUAUUUCUCUCUAAGGGUAAAUAGUGGCUUUUUCUGUAUAAACUCAGUCCCUGGGAUUCACUCCUAACUACCGCUUCAUUGUUAGUUCCACUCCUUUGUAAUAACAGAUUCAUAUGUGAUCGUGGUAGAUUUUGAGAGAAUCUUCGAAGGUUUCAAACUGUGCGGCAGGCACGUUACCACCUAUGUUUAUCUCAGUGUGCCCAGUGGUCAGCUACCAGCAGCUCACAGCUCUGAAAGGAGCUUAGAAGUGAGGUCCUUGGAUGAGGCAUAAGUAAUUACGGGGAAGCAAGUCUGCCCAGUCACCUAGGAGACCGGAUCACUCUCAGGACACCAUGAGCCAGUGAUGCCAUGAAGCACGUUUUCAUCUCUGAGCUACGUGUGCUUACGUGGCCUUCCUCCUGCUCCUCUGUUGACUGGAUGACUCAGAACACAGGGAGAGGUAGGGUUGUUUCUCUUCUUUAAGUGAAAUGACGGGAUGCAUGGUCUGCUGAUCAGGCAGUGAGGAAUGGAGGGACAGAAGUCUCCAGUAACCAGACUCUGUGGAGUGACCCGGUCCUGUGUUUACUUCUCUGUAACAAUGAAACUGCAAUUGUCAUUGUAAUAAUAAUAAUAAACACCUUUAAGUAAUUUG